AUGCCAGAGCCCACCUCACUGCACUCAACCCGCUCUGACAAAUUGCACCAGAUGCCCCUCAGCGGAGGCCCCUGCCUGCUUGAACUCGGCUGGGCUGCCCAGUGUACCGUGUCCAAGCACACGCUGGAGGAGGAGGGUGUCCACAGAGGAGGCCUGGCGUGGGAACCUUCCUCACCUCACAUGGGCUUCAAUGCCAUCUACUGGUUCCCUCCUUUGCCUCAUGAGCACAGCAGGCAGAGCAGACAUUCUCUUUCAGGGAAAAUAAUCGGGGGCCACGAAGCCAAGCCUCAUUCUCGUCCCUUCAUGGCAUAUCUCCGGAUCCAGAAUCCAGAUGGAACUUGGAAAUCCUGCGGGGGUUUCCUUGUACGUGAGGACUUUGUGCUAACAGCAGCUCACUGCAAGGGAAGCUCCAUCACCGUCAUCCUGGGGGCCCACAACAUCAAGAAGCAAGAGAUGACCUGGCAGAUGAUCCCCGUGGGAAAAAUCAUCCCCCACCCAGACUAUAAUCCUAAAACCCUGCGCAAUGACAUCAUGUUACUACGGUUGAAAUGGAAGGCCAACCUGAAUACCUACGUGAGUCCCAUCAGGCUGCCCAAGAGGACCACGAUGGUGAGGCCAGGCAUGGUGUGCAGUGUGGCCGGCUGGGGGAGACUCAGCGUGAACAGCCUCCAUGGGGCAGACAAACUGCAGGAAGUAGAGCUGGAAAUCCAGAAGGACGAGCUAUGCAUCUCCCUCUACACAAACCCAUAUGACAGCACCACCCAGAUAUGUGUGGGGAACCCAAGAAUGAGAAAGUCUUCUUUUAAGGGAGACUCCGGAGGCCCCCUUGUGUGCAACAACGUGGCCCAGGGCAUUGUCUCCUUUGGGAAAAAGGAUGGGAGACCCCCACGUGUCUACACCAGGAUUGCAAGCUUUAUGCCCUGGAUAGAAAAAACAAUGAGACCCUUCAGCCUGCAGGGACCAGACUGAGACACCCCAAGGAUCACUCCAUCCACCUUCUCUGGGGCAGAGGCCAGAACUGCACUGACCAAAGGAGGUAGAGAGAAGGCUUCCAGGGAUUUAAUAAACUUCUGUCUCUAGUGCAAA